CUAGACUUCUGACCCGGAGAAAGGACUUUUUCCCGACAGUAUGCCCCCGGAUCAGAGAGAUAGUGACCACGGAGGAGUCCGGGUUUCCUUGUGCUCCCCAUCCUCCUCUCUUUGCAUUACCACAAAACUGCACAGGUCAAAGCCCAGCCAUGAGCGAUGAUGACAAUUAUCUGCUCUUCAAGGAUCUAUUAUAUGAAGCCAAUAACUCAACUGUCCCAAGCUAUGUAGUAAGUGAAAUUAUUCAGCUCUGUUCAAAGCAGGCUGUCAACCAGUUUGGUGCAAAAUUUAUCCCAGUUUUCUACUAUGCAAACUUCCUCCUGAGUUUCCUUGGUAACGGGCUUGUUCUCUUCAUCAUCUACAAGUAUGAGAAGCUUAGCACAGUGACAAACAUCUUCCUCCUGAAUUUGGUCCUCUCCAACCUUCUCUUUGCAUCCAGUCUCCCUUUCUGGGCAACGUACCAUCUGUCUGAGUGGAUUUUUGGCGUGGCUCUGUGUAAGAUGAUCAGUAGUGCCUACUUCAUUGGCUUCUACAGCUCCAUCCUCUUUCUCACACUCAUGACAUUUGACCGAUACCUUGCAGUGGUGCAUGCAGUGGCAGCUGCUAAGAGCAGGAAAAAGGCAAAUGCCAUCAUUGCGUCAGUGGUUGUUUGGUGCAUCAGUAUUGUAGCGAGUGUGAAAGAGCUGGUUUUCAAAAAUGUGGGGAAAAACCCAUUCAAUGGACUGACCUGUGAGGAGUCAGGAUACCACGAGAGCAUCAUGGAGCGCUGGCGUCUGGUAAGUUAUUACCAACAAUUCCUUCUCUUCUUCCUCCUCCCUUUGUUCAUGGUGAUGUACUGCUACAUCAGCAUCACUGUCCGCAUCCUGUCCACCCGCAUGAGGGAGAAGUGCCGCGCCAUCAAGCUCAUAUUUGUCAUCAUCUUCACCUUCUUCGCCUGCUGGACACCCUACAAUAUCGUCAUCCUCCUACGAGCUAUUCAGAUCUCCAGCACCAGUGAUAAUGACUCGUGUUCUGACGCAGAACGCUUGGACUAUGCACUUUAUGUGUCCCGAAACAUAGCCUAUUUGUAUUGUUGCAUUAGUCCCAUGUUUUACACAUUUGUGGGAAAGAAGUUCCAGAGCCACUUCAGAAGGCUGAUGGCUAAGAGGAUCCCCUGUCUAAAGGGAAACAUGAGCCUCAGCAGCCAGAGCACCAGAACCACAUCACAAAAGACACCACACUCUGCUUAUGAGUACUAGACAGGCAGACAGACAGACCAAAUUUCACUCCAAACAUAGAGUUCACUGCAUGUUUACUUCCAGUCAGACUCCUAGUCUACACUGUAAAAUGUCGUUAUUAGUUAGAAACAAUCAAAUCCUUUUUUAUCAAUUAAUUAAUUAAUACUAAAUAGUGCGGAGUGUUUAACAUAUACUUCUCAAAUUUAAAUGAUUAGCUUUUAUCAUACUUUUUUAAAAAGCAUGUAUUGUAUUUGUAUUAAAAUUCUCUUUCUUCUUCUUAUGUGAAAAAGGUUACAUGAAGAAGGAUUGUUAUGUGUACUUUUAUACAAGUGUCUUCUGAGACUCAUACUACUGUUGUUAAAGAAAAUUCAGGAAUACAAUUGAACAAUAUCUAUCUAUAUUUUAAUCUGCUGUGUCCAAUGUCAAGAAUGAAUGUUAAAUCAGUAUGUGUCUUCAGCUGGUCAGUGAGGUUUAAAUUCUGAGUAGUGGGCAAACCCUAACGUAGCUGCCCUCAGUCCCAACCAUACAUACAUUUUUAAAAAACGACUUUCUAUUUUUCUUUCUUUUUUGCUCUGUUACUGUCACAUGAGAGUUGAGGCAGACCAGUGAAUAUAGAGAGAAUGAUGUAAUAAGUGAUUGUUGAUUUAAUGUUGAAUGCAAAAUAGAAGUGUGUUUAGAAGAAGUGUUUAGAAGUGUGGUGUUUUUGACAAUAUGCCAAUAUUGCUAAUAUUGCUAUUACUUCUGUUGUUUUAUGGGAAAAAAAUCUUUUAAUUAUUUGCAUUGUUGUAUAUUGUUGGAUUGGAUGAGUAAUAAGAUCGUUUCCCUUUUUGACAGAACAUCUUGAGCAGUUUCAUGUCAGCUAAGCACAUUCCUCUGAUGACUCAGUGUAGUUAAGUCUCAAAAACAACAUGAACUAAGUGAACAUGUUUAAACUGUGAUAAAAAGGCUUUAUGAUACUUACAGGACAGUCUGAGUCUUUGUUAUUGCCAAAUACAUUUUGGACAAGUACAUUAAAUACAUAUAAAUAAUAAAAGACACAGACAUCUUAACAACCCAUUGGAGCCUCUCUCUCUCUCUCUACAUUUUUCUAUUUUAUAUGUUCCAAUUGCAAAGUUAUAUUUGUUUCCCUGACAUUUCCUCUCUUUUAGGUUUGAUUUUUUUCAAAAAUAUAGUAGGUUUAUCUCUCUUUAUCUUUGACUCAUUUGUGUGUGUGUGUGUGUGUGUGUGUCUCUCUCUCUCUCUCUCUCUCUCUCUCUCUCUCUCUCUCUCUCUCUCUCUCUCUCUCUCUCUCUCUCUCUCUGUGUAAAAUUAUAUUUGUGGAUCUGGAUCCUUUUUGAAAUUUCUUUUUUUUUGUUAAUUCCCAGGGCCCAGGUCUGACAGUUACAUUCAAGUAUGUUCAACCUCUGUUGAAGUCCAUCUUGAGAAAUAUAUGUUGUUCUCUUGUGUCCAUUCUUGAUGCCGCACAAUUUGUUGUGUACAUGGAUUUUAUUAAGUCAAAUGUUUUACCCUCUACACCUCUUUGAAGUAGUUUGUAAAAUAAACUGAUGUGCCAAAUUGAAUCAAAUGCUUUUUUGAAAUAAAUGAAACAAGCAAA